UUCAGGACACACUUAACCAAAACCUAAAAAAGUAGCCUACCCUCUCCUUUUUAAUUUUUUUUAAAUUUUUAUUUGGUGUGUCCAUUUCUUCCCUCUCCCACCAACUCCAUUGAAGAUGGCAACCAAAACAGAGCAGGGCGGUGGUGACAUCAUUUUCCGAUCAAAACUCCCCGAUAUUUACAUCUCCAACCACCUCCCUCUCCAUUCCUAUUGCUUCCAGAACAUUUCCGUCUUACGGGACCGCCCCUGCCUCAUCAACGGCUCCGAUGAUCGGGUAUAUACUUACGCUGAAGUGGAACUCAGUUGCCGGAAAGUUGCGGCCGGGCUUCAUAAAGCAGGGAUCAACCACGGCGACACCAUCAUGAUCCUGCUUCCCAACUGUCCGGAGUUUGUGUUCGCGUUCCUCGGCGCGUCUUACCGCGGCGCUGUGGCGACGAUGGCGAAUCCUCUGUUCACGCCGGCGGAGGUGAUUAAGCAGGUCAAGGCGUCCAAUGCAAAGCUCAUCGUGACUCUAGCUUGUUACGUGGACAAGGUCAGAGAAUAUGCAUGGGAGAAUGAAAUCAAGGUUUUCUGCACCGACUCGGCUCCCAAAGGUUGCUCGCACUUCUCGGAGCUAUCGGAGGCGGAGGAGAACGACAUGCCGGAGACGGAGGUGAAGCCGGACGACGUGGUGGCGCUGCCGUACUCCUCCGGCACCACCGGACUUCCGAAAGGCGUGAUGUUGACUCACAAGGGACUCGUCACCAGCGUCGCUCAACAAGUGGACGGAGAAAACCCUCAUCUCUACAUCCACGACCAAGAUGUGGUGCUCUGCGCCCUGCCUUUCUUCCAUAUCUACUCCAAUUCGAUUUUGCUUUGCGGUUUGCGGGUCGGGGCCCGGAUCCUUAUUAUGAACAAAUUUGAUAUCAACCUCUUCCUGGAACUCAUCCAGAAGUACAAAGUUACGAUUGGGCCCUUCGUCCCGCCGAUUGUUCUCGCCAUCGCCAAGAGCCCUGUAGUGGACAAUUAUGACCUUUCAUCCGUUAGGACCGUCAUGUCCGGGGCGGCGCCGCUUGGAAAGGAACUUCAAGACACCGUCAGAGCCAAAUUUCCCAACGCCAAACUUGGUCAAGGUUAUGGAAUGACAGAAGCAGGGUCAGUAUUGGCAAUGUGCUUAGCCUUUGCGAAAGAGCCUUUUGAGAUUAAAUCUGGUUCGUGUGGGACAGUUGUUAGAAAUGCAGAAAUGAGAAUUGUGGAUCCGGAUACUGGAUCCUCUUUACCCCGGAACCAACCGGGAGAAAUAUGCAUUAGGGGUGACCAAAUCAUGAAAGGUUAUUUGAAUGAUCCAGAGGCUACAGAGAGAACAAUCGACAAGGAAGGAUGGUUACACACCGGAGAUAUAGGAUACAUCGACGAUGACGAUGAGCUUUUCAUCGUGGAUCGCCUCAAGGAGCUUAUCAAGUACAAGGGCUUUCAGGUCGCCCCAGCUGAACUUGAAGCCUUACUCCUUACCCACCCACAAAUUUCUGAUGCUGCUGUUAUCCCCAUGAAAGAUGAGCAGGCAGGGGAAGUUCCAGUUGCUUUUGUUGUUAAAACUAAUGGAUGUAGCCUCACUGAGGAUGAAGUUAAAGAGUUUGUCUCUAAACAGGUGAUAUUUUACAAGAGAAUAAAAAAGGUAUUUUUUGUUGAUUCUGUUCCAAAGUCUCCCUCAGGCAAAAUUCUAAGAAAGAACCUAAGAGCAAGACUAGAAGCUGGAAUCCCUAAUUAGUUCUCAUCCCAUCCAUCCCUGUGGGACUGCACUGCAAAAAUUAUUGAUUUCAUUCUCAUCUGUUGUCUUUACAAUAUCAUAUUAUAUAUAUCAUUUCCAACACUGCUUAAUGUUAAUGCUAUAAAGAACACUGAAUUGAAUGUUUGAUAGUA